AUGGCGCUUUCUAGAUCUCUGGUUUUUGCUUUAAUCAGUUGGGUUACGUUCAUCUGUCUCGAUGCACAAAAAACCACACAUAUAAAUUGUGACGUAACACCCAGCCCACUCUUGCUGUCAGGCUUUUUGGAUAACUAUACAGGUGAUAUAGAAUGGAUUAUAAAUAUCCCACCCAAUGUGAAUUUGAAAUUAAAAGAAUAUCUGUUCCCUGAACACCUACCAUAUGUGGAGCUAGUAUAUUAUCCUGGAUCUAAUAAUGCAACAGUGAGGGCUGUUAAGCCACUGGAUGUUGACAUAAUUGAGAGUGACCAUCUCUUUUAUGCUGUUGUUUGCAAAAGGAAUGGAAUGACUAAUGAGAUAGAGAAUGUACGGAACUUAGCCUUAGAAGACAUAAAUGACAAUUCUCCACGCUUUCUAGAAACUCACUAUAGUGCUUCAGUAUCAGAGGUGUCUCCAAUAAAUUUCACAGUUAUAAAAGUGGAAGCUGUGGAUAAAGAUUUUUCACCUUUUUUGAGCCUCAUUACUUACAGUCUUUCGGGUCCAAACUCCGAUUACUUUUCCAUAAAAGAAGGAAAUGGAAACAUCACGGUGAACAAAACACUGGAUUACAACAAGAUCAAAGUUUUCAAUUUAACAGUCCAAGCAAAGGAAAAAUUUGGAGACAACAGUGAUACUGCAUCGUUAGUAAUUAAUGUACAAGAUUACGAUACAUUGAACCCCUAUUUCAGUCAAUCGGUGUACAAUGGAAAAAUCAGGGAAGAGGAGUUAGGUCCUCUGGCUAUUCUCCCAGAGGAGAUAUUGGCUAAAGACGGAGACACAGGUAUAAAUGAAAAAGUGGUUUACAGCAUCAAACUAGUGAACCCUCCAUCCUAUAGCAACGCCUUUUCAAUCAACGCGGACACAGGAGUGUUGGAAGUAAUGACUGCAGUUGACAGAGAAGAAUGUCCGUCUCUUCUUGUGGGCAUUCAGGCAACUCAGCAAGACAAUAUUUUCAAAACAGCUGAUGCAGUAGUGCUGGUUACUAUUGAAGAUGUGAAUGACAAUUAUCCAGUAUUCUCACAAUCAAGUUACAAUGUCUCAAUUCUAGAAAAUUUCCCAAAUGGGAUGGAAGUUCUUCAAGUAACAGCUAUUGACAAAGAUGAGGGAGGCUUCCAGGGAACAUUCAUUCUCGCUCCAGCUGACAGUCCCUUCCAGCUAAAUCAAACUGGGAUCCUAACUGUGAGGAACUCCACGCUGUUGGAUAGGGAGAGAAUACCAUCUAUUCACCUACAGGUCACUGCUAAAGAUCGUUUGUCACCUUAUGGUGAGGUACACUCUACAAUCAACAUAUUGUUGCUAGAUGAAAAUGACAACAGCCCAACCUUUAGAGGCACGCCAUAUAAGCAAGAUAUUUUCAUCAACAUGACUGCAGGAAUGUCCAUUCUUCAGGUUGCUGCUGAUGAUCCGGAUGAUGGUAUAAAUGGAGAGAUAAGAUUUAUCUUAGCUGGUGGCAAUGAAGAUGGAUACUUUGAAUUGGAUGCAUCCACAGGACAAAUCAGUUUAAGAACAGUAAUCCCAUUAGGACUCAACCAGCUUAAGAACUUUGUCUUGUGGGUAACAGCUGUUGAUGGUGGGACAAUUCCAAGAAGUUCAUCAGUGCCAGUACAAAUCUCUGCAGUUGGAGAUUCCAGACCACAGUUUAUUCAGAAGACAUAUAAUGUGUCUGUGGACGAAGAGCUAGUCAGUCCUGUUGAAGUAGCAAGAGUGGAGUAUGAGUCUUUAAAUCCCCAUGUACCAGUUACGUUUCAAGUACUGACGGAAUCUGCUACAUUUGACAUCGAUGCCAAUGGAAUCAUCUCAACAAAAACCAAACUGGACUAUGAAUCCCAGAAUAAUUAUAUACUAAAUAUUUCCUUGUCAGAUGGAAAUGCUACUGACUAUGCUGCAGUGUUUAUCAAAGUUACAGAUGUCAAUGAUAACCGUCCUGUGUUUGAUAUAAACAGCACUACUGUUACCAUUCUAGAGAACAUGCCAGCUGGAACUAGUAUUACCAGUGUGUCGGCUACAGAUGUGGAUGAGGGCUUUAAUGGGUUAGUGGUUUAUACUCUGAAAGGUGGAGAAGGAAAAAUAGAUAUUAACACUUCAGGAUUCAUUUUGCUGGAAAAGGUAUUGGACAGAGAAACACAAGGCUUCUAUAACUUAACAGUGAUUGCCAGUGACCAAGGCCAACCCAUGCUGUCUACAGCUCUUAAUUUGACAGUCAUCAUUGGCGAUGAGAAUGACAACCCUCCAAUCUUCUCAUCAAGUAGAUACGAAGUGAGUGUACCUGAAGACGAAGUGCUUGGAAGGUCACUGCUGACAGUAGCUGCUACUGAUUUGGAUGCUGGGGCCAAUGCUGUCGUGAAGUACAGAAUUGUUAGCCAGCAACCUCCAACCUCCUCGCCCGUGUUUCUUAUCAAUUUGACCACAGGCCAGCUCAGCCUGAGCCAGCAGCUGGAUUAUGAAACCAUAAAGCAAUUUGAAGUAGAAGUGGAGGCAUCAGAUGGAGGGCAGCCAAGUCUCAGCGCUAAAACGCGUGUUGUUGUGCACGUCCUAGAUGUCAACGAUAACCCACCAGAAUUUAAUCAGGCAGCUUAUGAUAUAUUUGUGUUUGAAAACCAACAAAAGGGUAGCCCUAUCUACACAUUCAGUGUUACUGACAAGGACGAGGCUGGCUUUUCUCAGGGACACUUCAUUUAUAACAGUACUUUGUUUACUGUGGAUAUCCCCGGAAUACUUUCAUUAAGGAAUGACACAGAACUGGACAGGGAGACUACAUCUGGAUUCACUUUACAAGUGUGGGCAGUUGAUGCUGAAAUAAAUGGGCUUAAUUCAAGUGCCUUGUUCCACAUCACUGUGCUGGAUGUCAAUGAUCAUAACCCCGAGUUUCAGAUGCAGCCAUACAGUUUUACGAUUCCGGAAGCAGAUUACGUGUUGGGUACUCCUGCUAGAGUUGGACAUGUGACUGCUACUGAUUUGGAUGAGGGAGAGAACGCACAAAUUACUUAUUACUUAUCAGCUGAGGAUGGGGAUAAUCCAUAUAGCAUUCAACAGGAUGGGACCAUUUUGGUUAAUGGCUAUGUAGACCGAGAAACUAAAGAGAAGUACGAGCUGCUGUUGGUAGCAUCUGAUAACGGAGUACCUCAAAGGCAGGCUCAUGAACCAUUCUGAUGAUUUCCGUAUAAAUAACCACACUGGAGAAAUCACCCUCAGCAGUAACUUGGACCAUAUC